AUGACGUCAAACUCCUGCGACGGAACUUACCACGUGGGAAGGAUUUAGCUGUGUCGAUGAGGUAAACAACCGCAGUGUAGCUUGGCUGUAUUUAUCCAUAAAAUAUUUAUUUCCAUUUCAUUUUGAACAAGCCUUAAGUUUUUGCUUUGUAAAGCGGUUCUCUCUAGACCAUGCCCCACAACCCCGAUCAUCCUCCGGCGAAGAAAUUUAAGCCGGGGUCUCCUUUUUUCCGUCUCGACAAGAAGCCUGGGAUGCUGCUACCUAGAAAGGAAAAUGUAUCGGUACCAAUAGACGUGCAAAGGAAAAAUCUUCCCAUUUACCAGGCGAAGUCUCAACUCAUUAACCAGCUUAGACAGCUUCAUAAUGCUGUAUUGAUAGGUGAGACGGGUUCUGGAAAGACCACCCAGAUUCCUCAGUACCUGUAUGAAGCUGGCAUCGCGCGACAGGGCAUCGUCGCUGUGACACAGCCCCGCCGAGUGGCAGCUAUCUCCCUGGCAACGAGGGUAGCAGAGGAGAAGAGAACUCAGCUGGGGAAGCUGGUCGGCUACACGGUGCGAUUUGAGGAUGUCACCUCCUCAGAGACGAAGCUGAAGUUCAUGACCGAUGGUAUGCUCCUGCGUGAGGCCAUAGGAGACCCGUUACUGCUACGCUACACCGUGGUGGUGCUGGAUGAGGCCCACGAGCGCACUGUGCACACUGACGUGCUUUUUGGAGUGGUGAAGGCUGCCCAGCGCAAACGCAGAGAACAGAACAAGGUCCCCCUCAAGCUGCAGGCUGCCCUGGUCUCAGUCUUCCAGAUCCAUCAGGAAGCCCCUGCGUCACAUGACAUCCUGGUGUUCAUGACAGGACAGGAGGAGAUAGAGGCGCUGGCUCGUACCUGCCGUGACAUCGCCAAGCACCUCCCUGACAGCUGUGGUCCCAUGACUGUCAUCCCUCUGUACGCCUCCCUACCCCCUGCUCAGCAGCUCAGGGUCUUCCAGCCUGCCCCUAAGGGUUGUAGGAAGGUAAUCCUGUCAACCAACAUUGCAGAGACGUCGAUCACCAUCUCGGGGAUCAAAUACGUCAUUGACACAGGCAUGGUGAAAGCAAAACGCUUCAACCCAGAGAGCGGUCUGGAGGUGUUGGCAGUACAGCGGGUAUCUAAAGCCCAGGCGUGGCAGAGGGCGGGCAGGGCUGGCAGAGAGGACUCCGGCUCUGUCUACCGUCUCUACACCGAGGAUGAGUUUGACAACCUCAUCCCCAUGACCGUGCCUGAGAUACAAAGAUGUAACCUGGCCAGUGUCAUGCUACAGCUUCUGGCUCUGGGGAUCCCUGACGUGAUGAACUUUGACUUCAUGUCUAAGCCUUCUCCUGAGGCGAUGCGUUCGGCAGUGGAGCAGCUGGAUCUGCUCGGGGCUGUAGGGAGGAAAGGUGAGCAGGUCACCCUCACUCCUUUGGGCAAGAAGAUGGCCAGCUUCCCCCUGGAGCCACGCUAUGCCAAGACCAUCUUGCUGUCACCAGACUUCCAGUGUUCCGAGGAGGUGCUGACCAUCGUGUCUCUGCUGUCGGUGGACUCGGUGCUCUACAACCCGCCCGCACGCCGAGAGGAGUGUCUCGCCGCUCGCAAGAAGUUCACCACCAGCGAGGGAGAUCACUUGACCCUGCUCAACAUCUACAGAGCCUUCAAGAAAGUAAACGCCAACAAGGAGUGGUGUCGGGAGAACUUUGUCAACAGCAGGAACAUGAGCAUGGUUGGAGAGGUUCGUGCACAGCUCCGAGAGAUCUGCCUUAAGCUGAGCAUGAAGCUGGAGUCGUGUGGGUCGGACACGGGGAGCGUGCGUCGCUGCCUGGCCCACGGUCUGUUUGUAAACGCUGCAGAGCUACAGCCAGAUGGCAGCUACACGGCCCUGGAUACCCACCAGCCUGUUGCCAUCCACCCCUCCUCUGUCCUCUUCCAGGCCAAGCCUGCCUACGUGGUCUUCAACGAGCUCCUGCACACCUCAAAGUGCUACAUGAGGGACCUGUGUCUGGUGGAUGCUGACUGGCUGGUCGAGGCCGCGCCUGAGUACUUCCGCCGGAAGCUACGCCCCACCAAGAGCUAGCCUCUGAUUGGACAGAACUCGGGGGUGAUAAGAGACUACAGCGGAACCAAAGCUCCCUGAGCAGUGACACACCUGGCCCACCUCUCCCUCAGUGUCAAUAGAAACUAGAUGGAGGCAUGAUGGGAAGAACAUCUUUCUACUCUUUCCUGUUUGCUGAAUCGCUCGUCUUUGUUUACACAAAGCGUAGAAAGAUUCUUCGGCACUGUGUGUGUGUGUGUGUGUGUGUGUGUACCAGUCGAAGACAGAACAUUUAGCAUUUGGUCUGACAGUUUGGCAGUGUUCAGACAAGCAGCCCAAUUCUAAACUUUUUUUUUUUUACUAAUUGAUAUUUUGAAUAAUCAGAUCAGCUCUGAAACAUAUUUGAUGUGAUUGGUUAAAAGACCAAUUAGUGGGGGGGGGGGAAUCAGAAUUGGGCUGCCUGUCUAAAUUCAGCCAAGUAGAGGGAGGUCUGAGUGAAGGUUCUUCUUCCUAGUCAUGGGACAGCGGCCAUGUUUUAUUAGACGUCUGCUCAACCAUAGAAGAGAGAGAUUCCCCUGGCCUAGAACGGAGGUUACGAACUAAUGUUCUCGUUACUCUGGUUAUGAACCGACCUUCUCGUUCUUCAUUCUACUCUCCUCUACCUGUUGGCUAAUCUUUGCCUGUUGCCACAUAUUUGCUUCACAACCAGAAAUGAGGUUUCAUCAUGAUUGAGUUCAAACACUGAUUCUAAAUAUCUGCAUGUUUCUUAGCAACAUAGAUUUAACUCACAGAAGUGGGAUGGCAUGGUUAUUCCUUCAAACAAAUAUAUUCAACAACUGACUUGAAUUGGCUGUUCAUAUUUAAAUUCUGGCCCCUGGUCUAACUUAUUGGCUGUUUGUCACUUGCUUAAAAAACAGGGGACACAUAUAACAUCAAUGCCAUUCCAUGUACAUAAUAUUUUCUGUUGAAAAAUAUAGAUAUAUUUAAUUUAAUUAGAUAUAUAAGCAGCAGUUUACAUAAACAGUUGGUCAUAGGUUGACUUUUUGGCUUCACUGAGUUUAGUCACACACAUCUACAUCAACUACCAGGGAAAUAAGUGAUAUUGCUGACUAAAAAUGACUCGUCUAUCAUUUGUCCUAAAAGGAUACCAAGACAUCUGUCCACAUCAUUUGAGGUGGGCGGUCAUAGUGUGGUGUGUGUGUGUGUGUGUGUGUGGGUGGGUAAAUACAUUAUGGCGUCUGUCAGUUGAGGUGGGCGGUCAUAGUGUGGCGGGUGUGUGUGUGUGUGUGUGUGUGUGUGUGUGUGUGUGUGUGUGUGUGUGUGU